AUGGUCAGUCAACCCCUGCCCUCCAAUCGACGUUGCAGAUUCAUAUCACCAACACUGAAAUUCGACUUCCCCCCUCCCCUCCCCUCUACACCUCCACCUCUCCACAGGCCGACGUCUCUUCACCUGAUAUCGCCGCGGCUUAUGAGGACGUUCGAAAUGGUACGCUGACUUUGAGUUGGACUAGUUCAACAACGUCUUUGAGGGUCCGGUUCUGUUGCGCACACGAGCAGAACCAUAGGCACGUUUGACGGAUGGGCGAUUUCCCUCUACCGCGAGACCCGGGACCGCUCGAAAGUUCGAAAUGGGUCAACUACUUCCUAGAAACUGAUCACUGGGUUUUCUAAUGAGAACAAACAUUAGAUAAAUCGGAAACGAAUUGGUUGCUCCUGGAUUACGAAGGCGACAAAUCGGACAAGUUGAACUUGACCGCUACAGGAACCGGCGUCCGUUUUUUUUAUUCUAAAAUCAAGCAAGGUCGGUGGAACGUGGGAGAUCGAGUGCUGAUGCUGUGUUUUGUUUUUCUUUGAAACAGGGUUUGGACGAACUCAAGACCAAGUUCGCGGAUGAGAGGGCUAGCUUCGCCUAUGCGAGGAUCGUCAGUUUAACCCCGCCCCCCCACCACACACUUGUGCUGCGUUUUGGAGAUUGGGAGUACUUGCUGAUACGAAUCAAGGUUUUGGUGUUGGGGUUGAUUUUAGACUUACUCGAACGACAAGGAAUCAACGAGGGACAAGUUCAUCUUCAUCACCUAUAGUACGUCCCUCCCUCUAGUCGCAGUACGAAACCGAAACUUUUUCGAUCCAAAGAUCGAAGCGACUGAUUUCCCCCCCUCCCGCCCCCUCGCUUGACUUUUUGCUGCACCAUUUCGUUUUCGUUUUCCAGUCGGUUCGGGCGUACGGGUCAUGCGUAAAGCCAAAAUUUCGGUACAUAAAUCCGAGGUACAGAAGGUCUUGCGCGCUUUCAGUAUCGAAGUACCAGCGGAGAACGCAGACGAUUUGGCAGAGGUCAGUUUCGAGGUUCGAUUGCGUUUGUUUUUUUUGCUUUUCGCUUUUCGCUUUUCGCUUUUCGGUCGUUUUGAGAUUGGUUGAGUGGUUGCUGAUGCCGGGUUUUUUUUUUCCUUUCCUUUUGGGGGUGGGCUUAGGCGCCUAUUGUGACGAGACUUAGGAAAGCGGGUGGAGCGUCUUAUGAUCGGGCUUAG